GUGUAGUCGAACCCCCGCGCCCUCGAUCGACGCGCGCCGUGCCCACGACGUCACCGCGAACAUGAACGACGCGGAGGUCGAGCGGCAGAUCCACCAGAUGGUGGCCUUCAUCAAGCAGGAGGCGGAGGAGAAGGCGAGCGAGAUCCGCGUCACCGCCGAGGAGGAGUUCAACAUCGAGAAGCUCCAGAUGGUCGAGGAGGAGCGGCGACGGAUCAAGAAGGAGUACGAGCGGAAGGAGUCGCAGGCCGAGGUGCGGGAGAAGAUCGAGUUUUCCACCCAGCUCAACGCCAUGCGCCUCAAGAUCCUCCACGCGCGAGACGAGGCUGUGCAGGGGAUGCUCGCGGGAGCCCGCGCGGAUCUGGAGGGGGUCUCGCAGACGCCCAAGUACGGCGAGAUGCUCGUGGGGCUCAUCCUCCAGAGCGUGCAGAAGCUGGAGACCGACGCCGCGGUCGUGCGAUGCCGCGAGUGCGACGUCGAGAAGGUCAAGGUGGCGAUGGCGGAGGCCGAGAGGCAAACUCCGGGACUCAAGCUCACCUUGGACGAGCACGCGCAUCUCCCGCCGCCGCCGGGGCCCGACAACGGCGACGGAGCGUCGUGCAUCGGGGGCGUCCACGUCAUCUCGAUGGACGGCAAGAUCACGUGCAACAACUCGCUGGACGACAGGCUCAAGGUGGCGUUCGAGCGCAACCUCCCGGAGCUGAGGGAGGCUGUCUUCGGUGCCAACCCCAACGUCGCCGCGUCCAAAUGAGGCGAAUGAGACGAAUGACGACGCCGACGACGCGGGUCGACGGGGAGGGCGAACGGACGGGACCCGACGCGAGCGUGCGGACGAGGCGCGCCGGCGGCAUCGUGACGAACCGAGAGCACGCAACGACCGACGAUCUAGCACUACGUCUCUUUCCUCGCUAAUAAGGAAUGUACAGUCUCUAGCU